AUGUAUACAUCAUCCGCAACAAACAGCUCCUACUCCUCAAGCGUCUCCUCUUCAGACCCUCAUCUCCCCUACCAACACCCUCAACCAACAUCAACCGUCUCUCUAGGCUCCCAACCUCGCCGAGCCCCAAUGAAAUAUCGUCGCUUCUACUCCUCCCCUUGGGACGAAGAAUCUGGAGACUCAACCCCCCUCCAACUAUACGGCUUCGAACAACGCCCCCUCUCAAUCAUUGAAAAACCAAAACUCCUCCGCCGCGUCUCCCACGCUCUUGACGAUAUCAAAGAAGACUUCGCCUACCAACUUGCCGACCCAAACAGCACAGCCGCAAAACUCAAGCGCCGCUCCACUUUCCUGCUAGAUGCCAACACAAGUUCCGAUUCCAUUCCCACCCGCCCCGAGACAGCAGCUUGUCACGGCCCGCCUCGCUCGCGUGCUAUGUCGAUUAUUUCCACAGAGCCGUCUCGCGGAUUAAGCCGCCGGCUCUCGCGCAGACUUUCUAUUUUCGGUGGGAGGAAGGUUGAAAGACCUUCUACGGCGAGCAUUUCUACUCCGAAUCUUAUUGGGUCUUCAGCUCUUCAUUGA